AGGCAAACUCGCUAGAAACAGUGUAAAUUGAGAGUAAACAAGACAUCGCCCAUUAAGGGGAAGCUGUGGUCAAAAGCUUUUUGUCCCGGAGCCCCAACAGCGCUCCCCAGACCUUGAGGGCACAGCCCUGACUGUGGUCUCUGUCCUCUGAGCUGCGUUUUCCCGUGACUUGGAUUUUCUUCCAGAUUGCAUCGGGUUCCCAGAAGUGCUUGGGGAAGAUGGGAGACUCCCCUUCGAAGAGCCAGGAGUCUCUCUGGCCGGCGGCAGCGGCGUCCCUUCUCUCCUGCUCCCGAGGAGCCCUCCUGGCGGUUCUGGUACUGCUCGCGCUGCCGGCAGCCUGGGGUCAAUGCAACCCCCCAGCCUAUUUUGAAACAGCCAAGCCUACAAGGCCAAUUAAUGCAGAUGAGUUUCCCAUUGGAACAUCUUUGCAGUAUGAAUGCCGCCCUGGUUUCCAGAAGAGAAGUUUCUUUAUCACCUGCCUAGAAAACUCAGUCUGGUCAAAACCUAGUCAAAACUGUUCACGUAAAUCAUGUGGAUCUCCUCAAGAACCCAUAAAUGGCAAAAUGGAAAUAACUGGAGGCACCCAGUUUGGAUCAAUUAUUAAUUACUCUUGUAAUGAAGGAUACCGACUCAUUGGUGAAUCCUCUACUGCAUGCAUCAUUGUAGGCAAUAUUGUCGCCUGGGAUAACAAAGCACCUGUUUGUGAGAGUAUUACAUGUGAGCCACCCCCAGCCAUAGCCCAUGGAGAUUAUUAUAGCACCAGUAGAGAGUAUUUUCCAUAUGGAACAGUGGUGACCUAUAGCUGCACUGAUCAAAGGACAAGGGAAAAGUUUGUCCUUGUGGGUGAGAAGUCAAUCUUUUGUACCAGCGAAGACAAUCAUUCUGGCACCUGGAGUGGCCCUCCGCCUCAGUGCCUCAUACCUAAUAAAUGCACUCCUCCAGAAGUUGAAAAUGGAAUAAGGGUGUCUGAGAACAAAAGCUUCUUCUCCUUAAAUGAAAUCGUGAGGUUUAGGUGUGAGCCUGGCUUUUUCAUGAGAGGACCCUCCAGCGUGCGAUGCCAGGCCCAAAACAGAUGGGAGCCAGAGCUGCCCAGCUGCUUCCGGGUAUGUCAGCCACCUCCAGAAAUCCUGCAUGGUAAGUGCACCCUAAGUGACAAGGCCAGCUUUUCCCCUGGGCAGGAAGUGUUCUACAGCUGUGAGCCUGGUUAUGACCUCAGAGUGGCUUCCUCUCUGCGCUGUACACCCCAGGGGGACUGGAGCCCCCAGUGCCCAGAUGUGUGGGUGUGUACACUGAAAUCAUGUGCCGACUUCCUGGACCAACUUCCUAAUGGCCGCGUGCUCCUUCCACUUAAUCUCGAGCUGGGGGCAAAAGUGUCCUUCAUUUGUGAUGAGGGAUUCCACCUAAAAGGCAGUUCUGCUAGUCAUUGUGUCUUGGCCGGAAUGGAAAGCCUUUGGAAUAGCAGUGUCCCUGUGUGUGAACAAAUUGUAUGUCCAAAUCCACCAGAUAUCCAUAAUGGAAGACACACAGGAAAACCUCUGGAAAUCUUUCCUUAUGGAAAAGAAGUAACUUACACAUGUGACCCCCACACAGACAGAGGGACGACCUUCAUUCUCACUGGGGAGAGCACCAUACGCUGCACAAGUGACAGUCAAGGGAAUGGGAUUUGGAGUGGCCCUGCCCCUCGCUGUGGACAUCCAGGUUACUGUAAUGCCCCAGGUCAUUUUCAGUUUGCUAAGCUGAAAACGCAAACCAAUGAAUCUGAGUUUCCUGUUGGGACAUCACUAAAGUAUGAAUGCCUCCCUGGGUACUAUAGGAAGUCCUUCUCUAUCAGUUGUCUAGACAACCUGGAGUGGUCAAGUGCCAAGGAUGUCUGUCGACGUAAAGUAUGCAGAACUCCUCCAGAUCCAGUGAAUGGAAUGGUACACGUAGACACAGACACCCAGUUUGGAUCCAGAAUUAAGUAUACUUGUAAUACAGGGUUUCAUCUCAUUGGCCACCCAUCUGCCAAAUGUAUCAUCUCAGAUAAUACUGUCAUUUGGGAUAUGGAGCCACCGCUCUGUGAACGUAUUCAUUGCAGGCCACCCCCAGCCAUAGCCCAUGGAGAUUAUUAUAGCAUCAACAGAGAGUAUUUCCCAUAUGGAACGGUGGUGACCUAUAGCUGCACUAAUCGAAAGACAAGGGAAAAGUUUGUCCUUGUGGGUGAGAAGUCAAUCUUUUGCACCAGCCAAGACAAUCAUUUCGGCACCUGGAGUGGCCCUCCGCCUCAGUGCCUCAUACCUAAUAAAUGCACCCCUCCAGAAGUUGAAAAUGGAAUAAGGGUGUCUGAGAACAGAAGCUUCUUCUCCUUAAAUGAAAUCGUGAGGUUUAGGUGUGAGCCUGGCUUUGUCAUGAAAGGAUCCUCCAGUGUGCGAUGCCAGGCCCAAAACAGAUGGGAGCCAGAGUUGCCCAGCUGCUUCCGGGUAUGUCAGCCACCUCCAGAAAUCCUGCAUGGUAAGCACACCCUCAGUGACAGGGACAGCUUCUCCCCUGGGCAGGAAGUGUUCUACAGCUGUGAGCCUGGCUAUGACCUCAGAGGUGCUGCCUCUCUGCGCUGUACACCCCAGGGGGACUGGAGUCCCGCAGUACCCAGAUGCACAGUGAAAUCAUGUGCCUACUUCUUGGACCAACUUCCUAAUGGCCGUGUGCUCCUUCCACUUAAUCUCCAGCUUGGAGCAAAAGUGUCCUUCGUUUGUGAUGAGGGAUUCUACCUCAAAGGCAGUUCUGCUAGUUAUUGUGUCUUGGCCGGAAUGGAAAGCCUUUGGAAUAGCAGUGUCCCUGUGUGUGAACAAAUCGUAUGUCCAAAUCCACCAGAUAUCCAUAAUGGAAGACACACAGGAAAACCUCUGGAAAUCUUUCCUUAUGGAAAAGAAGUAACUUACACAUGUGACCCCCACACAGACAGAGGGACGACCUUCAUUCUCACUGGGGAGAGCACCAUACGCUGCACAAGUGACAGUCAAGGGAAUGGGAUUUGGAGUGGCCCUGCCCCUCGCUGUGGACAUCCAGGUUACUGUAAUGCCCCAGGUCAUUUUCAGUUUGCUAAGCUGAAAACGCAAACCAAUGAAUCUGAGUUUCCUGUUGGGACAUCACUAAAGUAUGAAUGCCUCCCUGGGUACUAUAGGAAGUCCUUCUCUAUCAGUUGUCUAGACAACCUGGAGUGGUCAAGUGCCAAGGAUGUCUGUCGACGUAAAGUAUGCAGAACUCCUCCAGAUCCAGUGAAUGGAAUGGUACACGUAGACACAGACACCCAGUUUGGAUCCAGAAUUAAGUAUACUUGUAAUACAGGGUUUCAUCUCAUUGGCCACCCAUCUGCCAAAUGUAUCAUCUCAGAUAAUACUGUCAUUUGGGAUAUGGAGCCACCGCUCUGUGAACGUAUUCAUUGCAGGCCACCCCCAGCCAUAGCCCAUGGAGAUUAUUAUAGCAUCAACAGAGAGUAUUUCCCAUAUGGAACGGUGGUGACCUAUAGCUGCACUAAUCGAAAGACAAGGGAAAAGUUUGUCCUUGUGGGUGAGAAGUCAAUCUUUUGCACCAGCCAAGACAAUCGUUUCGGCACCUGGAGUGGCCCUCCGCCUCAGUGCCUCAUACCUAAUAAAUGCACCCCUCCAGAAGUUGAAAAUGGAAUAAGGGUGUCUGAGAACAGAAGCUUCUUCUCCUUAAAUGAAAUCGUGAGGUUUAGGUGUGAGCCUGGCUUUGUCAUGAAAGGAUCCUCCAGUGUGCGAUGCCAGGCCCAAAACAGAUGGGAGCCAGAGUUGCCCAGCUGCUUCCGGGUAUGUCAGCCACCUCCAGAAAUCCUGCAUGGUAAGCACACCCUCAGUGACAGAGACAGCUUCUCCCCUGGGCAGGAAGUGUUCUACAGCUGUGAGCCUGGCUAUGACCUCAGAGGUGCUGCCUCUCUGCGCUGUACACCCCAGGGGGACUGGAGUCCCGCAGUACCCAGAUGCGCAGUGAAAUCAUGUGCCUACUUCUUGGACCAACUUCCUAAUGGCCGUGUGCUCCUUCCACUUAAUCUCCAGCUUGGAGCAAAAGUGUCCUUCGUUUGUGAUGAGGGAUUCCACCUAAAAGGCAGUUCUGCUAGUCAUUGUGUCUUGGCCGGAAUGGAAAGCCUUUGGAAUAGCAGUGUCCCUGUGUGUGAACAAAUCGUAUGUCCAAAUCCACCAGAUAUCCAUAAUGGAAGACACACAGGAAAACCUCUGGAAAUCUUUCCUUAUGGAAAAGAAGUAACUUACACAUGUGACCCCCACACAGACAGAGGGACGACCUUCAUUCUCACUGGGGAGAGCACCAUACGCUGCACAAGUGACAGUCAAGGGAAUGGGAUUUGGAGUGGCCCUGCCCCUCGCUGUGGACAUCCAGUAUGUCAGCCACCUCCAGAAAUCCUGCAUGGUAAGCACACCCUCAGUGACAGGGACAGCUUCUCCCCUGGGCAGGAAGUGUUCUACAGCUGUGAGCCUGGCUAUGACCUCAGAGGGGCUGCCUCUCUGCACUGUACACCCCAGGGGGACUGGAGUCCCGCAGUACCCAGAUGCACAGUGAAAUCAUGUGCCGACUUCUUGGACCAACUUCCUAAUGGCCGUGUGCUCCUUCCACUUAAUCUCCAGCUUGGAGCAAAAGUGUCCUUCAUUUGUGAUGAGGGAUUCCACCUAAAAGGCAGUUCUGCUAGUCAUUGUGUCUUGGCCGGAAUGGAAAGCCUUUGGAAUAGCAGUGUCCCUGUGUGUGAACGUAUUUAUUGCAGGCCCCCCCCAGCCAUCGCCCAUGGAGAUUUCUCCAGCAGCAGCAGAGAGUCUUUCCCAUACGGAACGGUGGUGACCUAUCACUGCAGGCAAGCAAGGGGAAGAGAAAAGUUUGUCCUCGUGGGUGAGGAGUCAAUACAUUGCACCAGCAAAGACAAUCAUUUCGGCACCUGGAGCGGCCCUCCACCUCAGUGCCUCAUACCUAAUACAUGCACCCCUCCAGACAUUGAAAAUGGAAUAAGGGUGUCUGAGCACAGAAGCUUCUUCCCCUUGAAUGAGAUCGUGAGGUUUAGGUGUGAGCCUGGCUUUGUCAUGAGAGGACCCUCCAGCGUGCGAUGCCAGGCCCAAAACAGAUGGGAGCCGGAGUUGCCCAGCUGCUUCCGGGUAUGUCAGCCACCUCCAGAAAUCCUGCAUGGUGAGCACACCCUCAUUGACAAGGCCAGCUUCUCCCCUGGGCAGGAAGUGUUCUACAGUUGUGAGCCUGGCUAUGACCUCAGAGGGGCUGCCUCUCUGCUCUGUACACCCCAGGGGGACUGGAGCCCUGCAGCGCCCAGAUGUGCAGUGAAAUCAUGUGCCGACUUCCUGGACCAACUUCCUAAUGGCCGCGUGGUCCUUCCACUUAAUCUCGAGCUGGGGGCAAAAGUGUCCUUCGUUUGUGAUGAGGGAUUCCACCUAAAAGGCAGUUCUGCUAGUCAUUGUGUCUUGGCCGGAAUGGAAAGCCUUUGGAAUAGCAGUGUCCCUGUGUGUGAACGUAUUUAUUGCAGGCCCCCCCCAGCCAUCGCCCAUGGAGAUUUCUCCAGCAGCAGCAGAGAGUCUUUCCCAUACGGAACGGUGGUGACCUAUCACUGCAGGCAAGCAAGGGGAAGAGAAAAGUUUGUCCUCGUGGGUGAGGAGUCAAUACAUUGCACCAGCAAAGACAAUCAUUUCGGCACCUGGAGCGGCCCUCCACCUCAGUGCCUCAUACCUAAUACAUGCACCCCUCCAGACAUUGAAAAUGGAAUAAGGGUGUCUGAGCACAGAAGCUUCUUCCCCUUGAAUGAGAUCGUGAGGUUUAGGUGUGAGCCUGGCUUUGUCAUGAGAGGACCCUCCAGCGUGCGAUGCCAGGCCCAAAACAGAUGGGAGCCGGAGUUGCCCAGCUGCUUCCGGGUAUGUCAGCCACCUCCAGAAAUCCUGCAUGGUGAGCACACCCUCAUUGACAAGGCCAGCUUCUCCCCUGGGCAGGAAGUGUUCUACAGUUGUGAGCCUGGCUAUGACCUCAGAGGGGCUGCCUCUCUGCUCUGUACACCCCAGGGGGACUGGAGCCCUGCAGCGCCCAGAUGUGUGGUGAAAUCAUGUGCCGACUUCCUGGACCAACUUCCUAAUGGCCGCGUGGUCCUUCCACUUAAUCUCGAGCUGGGGGCAAAAGUGUCCUUCGUUUGUGAUGAGGGAUUCCACCUAAAAGGCAGUUCUGCUAGUCAUUGUGUCUUGGCCGGAAUGGAAAGCCUUUGGAAUAGCAGUGUCCCUGUGUGUGAACGUGAUGCUUGUUUGGAACCUCCCCUGCCUGACAUAUUUAAUGGGCACUUUUAUAACAGCAGUAGAGAGGAUUUUUACUAUGGAGUAGUGGUGACUUAUCAGUGCUAUGUUGGACAGAAUGGAAAAAAGCUGUUUGACCUCGUGGGUGAGAAGUCAAUAUACUGAACCAGCAAGGGCAAUGAAGUUGGCACCUGGAGCAGCUCUCCUCCUCAGUGUAUUAAAAUAGUCAAAUGCCUAAUUCGAGAAAUUGAAAAUGGAAUUAUGGACAUUCAUAUAGACAUUCAUUUCUUAAAUGAUACCAUGAUGUUUAAGGGUAAGCCUGGUUUUACCAUGAAAGUCGGCAACAAGGUAUGGUGCCAAUUAAAAAGUUCAUGGAAUGCUCCACUUCCAAGGUGUUUCAAGGAUGACUUGGAAUGAAAAUUUGGGUGUCUACCACCUCCACAUAUCUACUGUGGUAAUUAUAACAAAAGGAAUAAGGAAAUCUUUGCAAUUGGACAGAAAGUGUCCUACAGCUGUGAGCCUGGCUACAGUCACAUUGGAGCUAACACUAUGCAGUGUACAUCCUUGGGAACCUGGAGCCAUACAGCCCCCAAAUGUGAAGUGGAAUCAUGUGAUGCCAUUCUAGAAAAAUUUCUCAACGGCCAGGUAGUGGUUUUUCCUACCUUCCAGCCUGGGGGAGAGGUAUCUUUUGUUUGUAAUGAGGAGCACCAGUGAAGUGGCAAAUCUUCUAGUCAGUGUGUCUCAGAAGGGAUGAGAGUAUGCUGGAAUAAUAAGUUUCCUGUCUGUGAAUGGAUUUCUUGUGACCGUCCUCCUGCAAUCAAAAAUGGUCAUACUAGUUAUAUUUCUGUCCCUGUACCUAUUAAUACUGUCGUGAGGUACAGGUGUUUGCCUAACUACCGCCUCAUUGGAGAAAGAAGCCUUGUUUGUAUUAGUAGAGACCAAGUGAAAGGAACCUGGGAUAAAGAUGCUCCUAUAUGUGAAUAUUUCAACAGGCGGUCUACUUGCCCUGAGCCCAUAGUACCAGGGGGACACAAAAAUAAAGUAUCUAGGCCACCAUACAGACAUGGUGAUUCUGUGACAUUUACCUGUAACACCAACUUCACCAUGAAAGGAAACCAGACCGUUUGGUGCCGAGCAAAUACAAAAUGGGGACCAACACCACUACCAGUCUGUGAGAGGGGUGAGUAAAAAGGAAAUUAAACUGAGUUGGGAGGGUGGGUCCUUGCAU